AAACCGGAGCCGGGACAGCGGGAAUUCUGCGCCCCCCCGAGACCCUGGUGACCUCCCGUGACCUCCUGGGACUCUCCCGGCCCCGAGAGACCAGCUUUCCUGCCCCUGUGGGGUCCCCCCUGAGAGCCCUGUGGCACCGGGCUUAUGGAGGCAGACGAGCCUGCCAGAGGGGCCCCCACCAUGGCCGGCCCCAGCAUCAUCGGAGCCGAGGAUGAGGAUUUCGAGAACGAGCUGGACACGAACCCCGAGGAGCAAAAAAGCCAUUUCCAGAACCUGGACCUGGUGAAGCGGAGGCCUGCCCACCUCAUGGCUCUAGUGCUCCAUGUGGUGCUACAGUUCGACCCCGGGUACCUGCUGUGCUGCCUUCAUGCCGACAUCCUGGCCAGCCUAGGAUCCAAGGAGUUUAAGAAAGCCUUCCUGGAUUUCUACCACACCUUCCUGGAGAAGUCUUCCGUUUUGCGGGUUCCAGUUCCCUCAUCGGUGUCCUUCGAACUCGACAGGACCCGGCCGGACAUGUUGACCGAGGAGCAGCAGCGGCACAUUUUGCAGGAUGUGGUGCAAAACCUGCAGCCCAUGGUGAAUAGUCAGCUGCAGGACUUCUGCUCCAAGCGGCUGAUGGGGAUGACCCCCGGGGAGCGGGAACUCAUUCAGCUGGAAACCAAGGAGGGUCGGGACCCCUCCAAGCUGGAGGCCCUGGAGCGCUCAUAUGCCGAGUCUCUCCUGACUCAGUUGGAGGAGAUACACUCCAACAACAGCGACGAUGAGAAGAAUACGGCCAUUUUCAGUGCUGUCAAUCUGUACAUGCGACACCUCGGGGUGCGGACAAAAACCAGCGACAAGAAGCCGAGGGGGAACUUCUUCCGCAAGAAGAUCUCGGGGAACCGGAAGUCAGACGACCCCCCCAAGACUAAGAAGGGUCUGAGCAGCAUCCUGGACCCUGCGCGCUGGAACCGGACCGACAACCCGGGUCCAGAGCCCCGGCACUCCAAACUCGAUACCGAAGGUCACGGGCACGUGGGACUCGGCACACGGGCUGCCCAAUCCUCCCCAUCACCAGUCAGUUGGCUCUUCCCCCACACCCAGGUGAGAAGCCCGGAAACCUUGAGAGGAAGAUUAGCCAUGGGGCCCCUCCCCGGGACAGAGGGGCGGGGUCGCCCGGCCAGGACCCCCCCCGGAGUCACCGUCCACCCACCUCCCAGUGACGGCGCUGACAGGGAGCCCGGCACCGACGUUCCCGUGGAUACGGCCGACUCGCUGCUCCGGGGCCUCUCCAGUUCCGAGCCCUCCAGGAUCGCGGAGAUCACCGCCGCCACCACCGACGAUGACGAAGGAGCUGACACCGAGAGAAGGUGGAAGAGCCCAGUCCUCCCGUCCGUCCCCGUUUUGGGCCGGGGCCCCAAGCUGCCGGGGAGGCUGGGCCGGUCCGAGAGCCUGCGGGUGAACGAUCUGCGGCGACCCUCACGGGGAAGCCAGGGGACCAAGGGCCGGGGGGGGGGCCGGUCCCGCAGCGAUGUCGACAUGGACCCCAGUUCGGCCACCGCCGCCCUGGGCCCUGCCCAGCGCCCCACCCCGGAGCCGGGCGAGGAGGGGGAGCCGGGCCGGGGGGCGUUGGAGGUGGAGCCGGAGGAGCCCCCAGGUUGGCGGGAGCUUGUGCCCCUGGAGGUGCUGGCGAAGAUGCGGAAGGACCAAGUGAAGCGGCAGGAGGUCAUCAGCGAGCUGCUGGUGACGGAGGCGGCCCACGUCCGGAUGCUGCGCGUUCUCCACGACCUGUUCUUCCAGCCCAUGGCGGCGGGCAAUUUCUUCCUCCCGGAAGAGCUGCAGAACAUUUUCCCCAGCCUGGACGAGCUGAUCGAGUUGCACUCCCAGUUCCUGGAGAAACUAAUGAAGCUGCGGCAGGAAAGCGGGCAUCUCAUCGAGGAGGUCGGGGACGUGCUGCUGGCCACGUUUGACCAUCCCGAGGGCGCGUGGUUCCAGAAGAUCUCCUCCCGCUUCUGCAGCCGGCAGUCGUUCGCCCUGGAGCAGCUGAAAGCCAAGCAGAGGAAGGAGCCCAGGUUCUGUGCGUUCGUGCAGGAGGCAGAGAGUAAACCACGGUGCCGGCGUCUGCAGCUGAAGGACAUGAUCCCCACGGAGAUGCAGCGCCUGACCAAGUAUCCGCUGCUGCUGCAGAGCAUCGGCCACAACACCGAGGAGACCCAGGAGCGAGGGAAGGUGGAGCGGGCGGCCGAAUGCUGCCGGGACAUCUUGCAACAUGUCAACCAGGCUGUGCGGGACAUGGAGGACCUGCUGCGCCUCAAGGAAUACCAGCGCCGACUUGACCUCUCCCAUCUGCGGCAGAGCAGUGACCCCAUGCUAAGUGAAUUCAAGAACCUGGACAUCACCCACAAGAAGCUGGUACACGAAGGGCCUCUGACCUGGAGAGUGACCCGGGACAAAGCCGUAGAGGUGCACGUGCUCCUGCUGGAUGACCUCCUGCUGCUGCUGCAGCGUCAAGACGAGCGGCUGCUGCUCAAGUCGCACAGCCGCACGCUGACGCCCACGCCCGAUGGGAAGACCAUGCUGCGGCCCGUCCUGCGCCUCACCUCCGCCAUGACCCGCGAAGUGGCUACGGACCACAAGGCCUUCUACGUCCUCUUCAACUGGGGCAAGGAGGCCCAGAUCUACGAGCUGGUGGCCCAGACCGUCUCUGAGAGGAAGAACUGGUGUGCCCUCAUCACGGAGACGGCCGGCUCCCUGGCUCCAGCCGACCACAGCCGCCCCAAGACCCGCCCGAUGCCCAAUAGUUCCCGGGAGCCCCUGCUGAGCAGUUCAGAGAACGGGAGCAGCCACAGAGAGGCCCCCCAGCCUGACGUCCUCCCGGAGCAGCUCGUCAGUCUCCUUCUGCCCUAUGCCCAACCUGGCCCCGAGGGUCAACUCGCUGCCGCUGCCCAGCGUGAAGUGCAGUCAUUGAAGCAGCUGCUGCUGCCCCUGGCCCCAGGGGAGGAGAAUGGGUCAGGGCCACCCCCUGAGGGGGACGGGGGGCCUCCCCCCAACCUAACCCCAGCCCAGGCCCAAGAGCUGCAGGAGAGACUGCUCAACCUGGAGGGGACGGUGCGAAAGCUGGAGGAGGUGGAGGAGCAGUUCUGCAACUUGCGGCAUAUCCUGUGCAGCCAGCUGAGCGGCACCACCUCCCCUCAGCCCCCCAGCUGUUCCUGAGGGCACAGGGACGAUCCCUCAAACCCGAGACUGAAGUUGGGGGAGGCCCUGUACCAGCGCCCGUACCCGCCCCCGGCUUCCCGCUCAGUCGCUCUCCGCCUGCUC